AUGGGAGGAAAAAGAGAAACCACCGCCGGCAAGGAAGAGGAGGUCAGAAGGGCUACCGCCUUCGGACGGCAAAGCGCCACGUCCGCCGUGCGGCGAAGGGUUGCUCUCGCUCACACAAUCCUUGCGUCGGACUGCUCGGACAUGAACGAGCGGCCGAGUUACUCCGUGUAUAGCCGUGAUAUCUCUCUUCAGCUACAAGCAAAGCAAAAAUCUAUUUAUGAAGAAGAACUUCUUCCCAUGGAGGAGGAUCGUGAGGAAAUGAGAGGUAGAGAAAGGGGUUUAUAUAUAGAUAAGAGGGUGGUUUGUGUUGAACACACUGAUGAAUUGUGGUGCUGGUUGUGCCGUGCUGGGGUACUCUUGGCCUUGGGUGAGUUGCCUUGGGGACACUGUAUAUAG